UGUACUUGUACAUGCACACAGUAAGGACCAAAGAACGUAUUUUAGCAACAGAGUGAGGAAAUCUUUGCAAAGUGAGGACAUUUUGGGACCUCACUUCUUCAAAGGCCAUCAAAGACAUUUGGGAUUCAGAUAAGGAUAAUGUUUAGUUUAGGGUAAGGGUUAGUGUUAGGCAUUUAGUUGUGAUGGUUAAGGGUAGGGUAAGUGGCUAGGAAAUGCAUUGUGUAAAUAAGAGUCCUCACAAAACAGAAGUACAAGAAUGUGUGUGUGUGUGUAUAAAUACGAAAGUGGAGACACACUAACAGAGCAGUUCUCACUUCCACUUCACCUGUCUCUGCUCAUGCAAAUGAUUUCCCUUCUGAUAAUAAAUAUACAGAAGAACUCUGCACUCCAUUUCUACGAUCAAAGGCUGAUCCUCUCCACAACAACAAUGAAUAUCUCUGAGGAGCAGAUACAUGGCGUCUAUGGAAGUGACUCCCGUCAAGAGAACAUCAUAUUUGCAACAUUUUACAUCCUGGUUUUCGUCAUCGCUGUGCCUGGAAAUGCCUUGGCACUGUGGGCCUUCUUUCGCCAGGACAGCACGUCUCCAUCUAAGGUCUUCCUGAGGCACCUAUCUGUAGCAGACAUCUCUUACAUCCUCAUUUUACCCAUGAGAAUAGUUUACCACCUAUGUGACAGCCACUGGCCUUUUGGACAUGUCCCCUGUCAGCUAGCAGGCUUCCUCUUUUACCUUAACAUGUACUGCAGCCUGUAUUUAAUGAGUUUCAUCAGCCUGGACAGAUUUCUGGCUGUGGUCCUACCUAUCAAAUCACAGUCAGUUAGGAAGGCUGUGUAUGCGAAGGUAGUUGUUGGCAUACUUUGGGUGACUGUCAUUGUGUCUAUGAGUCCUAUACUUUUCUCCAAAAAGAACAUGACCCACAACUCAACUGGAAUAUGCAACAAGCUGUACUUAGAAAAGACAUCUCCAACAGCUUUGAUCUCCACUAUUGUGGCAUUUGCCAUCCCCCUCACCACCAUCGUGGUUUCUUACAUAGUGAUCCUGCUGAAGCUGAGGUCACUCAAACAACAGGAAGAACGCCCAGUGAAAGACAAAGCCAUAAGAAUGAUCAUUCUCAUCGUGAUGAACUUCCUGUUUGCAUUCGUACCCUACCAUGUGAGCAGGGUAAUCUACAUCCAAAGCCACAGUCACAGUAUGACUGCAGCAACCCACGAGGCUCUGGGAAGAGCCAACAGGAUCACAUCUGCACUGACCUGUGUCAGUGGUGUACUGGAUCCUGUGAUGUAUUUCUUCUUGAACCGUGCAUACAGGGACAUGCUGCUUCAACUGUUCUGCAAAAAGCGAGGAAGAUAAUCGAUAAGCAACAAGUACCAUGUAGUCAGUAAACAUUUUUAAAGGAAUUGUCCUGUUUUGAAUAAUUUCUAGAGACACGGUCAGACUUGAAUACAUUUGAGUCUGACCCCCCCCUCCCCCCCCAUUCCAACUCUGGGCACUUAGAUCUUCAGAACAAUGUUUUGUUUUGUUUUGUUUUGUUUUUGUAAUUUGGGGGCGGGGGCAUUUUGCCUUUAUUUGACAGGACAGAUUAAGCAUGGAAUCAAAACUGUGGCCAAUGCUGCAAAGACAUUACCUUUGUACGUGGGACACCUGAGCUACUGGGCACCUCAAACAAAAUAUUUUUUAUAAGAUUAAGGCUUGUGCAUAAGGGAGAUUGUGUCUUUGUGGUAGCUGCUCUAAAGCUUUGGCAUAGCCCUCCACUCUCCAGCCAGUGCUCCCCCUCCAUUGACACUUUUAAGACAGAUCUUAAGCUGUACAUGUUUUCAGUGGCCUUUGGUUGCUCUUAUUGGUUUUAAUAUUUUAGUAUUUUGUAAUAUUUUUACGUAUGUAAUUGAUCUUAGCAGUUUCACUCUUUUAUAUUUGUGUACAUAUAACAUUGCUCUGUAAUUUCUACUACCUUUUGUUGCUGUUAUAUUGUGCCUAUUUAAAUGUAUAAUAUUUGCAUGCCAUUCAUUUUAUUUUUUACAGCACUUUGGUCAACUGUGGUUGUUUUUAA